GCUGCAGUCCGCUCUCGCAAUGCGAUGGGAUGACUGCUGAGUUUUCAAGAGACUACGUGGAAGAUCUUUUUGGCAGAUGCAAAGGCAUUGCAGAGUUUUUCGACACUGAUGGCAGGUUUUCUGUCGCCAGGAGGUCGUCAAGAUGGAGUCAGGAGCCGUUGCCGCUUCGGACAGCUGGGCCUGCCACCCCGGCCAAAGCGGAGCCGGUCAGCAACUGGGUGCAGGCGCCGGAACCCACGGAGCCCCUGCCAAAGAGAAAGGCGUUCCGAGGCUCUGCGCGACAGAAGCGACCUCGAAGUGGUUGUCAUUUGAAGGUGUUCAAAGGCAUGUUGCCUCCUCCAAGUUUGCCUGAUGCAGCCAGGAGUAGAUGUUGUCGUCCAAAUCCAAGUCCCUGGAAAUCCGACCUCCAACGGCUCCAACGGCGGCCCUGGAACCAAAAUCCGACACCUGCAGGCCGCCCCAUCUGCGAUCCAGCGGCCACCAUGACACCCUUGGUGGCAAAAGCCACCGAAACCGCCAUGCGUAGGGCCUUGGCGUGGCAACCUUGGCUGAUCUCCAAAGUCAAGUCCAGGGUGCCAGUUGAGCCACCAGAAAGCGAGUCGGAAGAUGAAGUGCCAAUGGAGGAUUCGACAAGUUCGCGGACUUUGAGACGCCACCCGAAGUCCUCCGAGACCAUGACCACCUCCUUGGAUGCGGAAUUUGCGCUGAGCUUGAAAGCGAACUUUGACAAGGUCUUCAGCGACUUGCGGGCCGAGAAGCGUGACGGAAAGCGCGACGCGCUGAUCAGCUCGGUGAACCCGAUUCGUGCUGAAACGCAUGCCAUACCUUUGUGGCAACUGCACAAACUGGCUCGCGACAUGAACAUGAGCUUGGAGAAGGUCGUUGAGGCGAAGGAGAUCUUCGAUGCCCACGACGAAGAUCGGUCGGGCCGCUUGAGUUUCGAGGAGAUCACAAGGGUCAUUGAGACGCUCAUGGAGCGGCAAGUGUCAGACAAUGCGACUGUGCAGCAGCGCAUCCAGUCUGGGCAAUCGAAACAGCUUCUCAACCAAUGGCUAAGGUAUGUGCCGCAGGACAACUUGGAUCUCGACUUCGAGGAUUUCCUUUUGUGGUAUUCGUGUACUGGCUUCAUGACGGAUUUGCUGGUUGACGAGAAGGAGAAGCGCAUCCGAACGUUGGCAAAGGUCAACGGUUUGGAUGCCAUGUGCAUGGACCGAGUGAGGAGAUCCUUCACUUCCUUUGAUCUGGACCGUUCCGGGGAGGUGGACGAGGAGGAGUUCGAGAAUGUCUUGCGAGAGGUGAUGAACAUUCCACCACACCUGCAGAUCCCACCCUCCCGCAUCCGUUUCUUUUGGAAGGAGAUCGACGAAGAUGAUUCUGGAAAGGCCUCCUUUCACGAGUUCUUGAACUUCUGGUUGUGUCGCUUUGGAAAGUCAGCUGGACACAAGGGUCAGCUCCUCUCGAUCGAAGAUUAUUAUCGAUCCACAAGAAGGAUGGGAGCAGAGUAUUUAGAUCCUCCUCCAGAAUUGGAUGAGAUCACAGAAGCCAUUCAAGCUUUCAUUGCCAAUCUGUCGACUUGAUAAAGCGUUUACAGCGCAAUCAGAAGAAAAAUAGUUUGAGAAA